AUGUCUGUCUCGCGCCCAAACGUCUCCAACGACCUGAUCUGGCAGAUCACCCGUAACCAGAAUGCUUAUCUGGUCCGCCGCAACACCUUUGGUGGCUCCCAGUUCUCCCGGGACCCCCUGAACCUGGUCAACAAGCAAUCCUACAAGGCCGUUGGUGUCCAGUCUACUGAGAACGGUGACGUCGUCGUGAUCACCAAGAAGGCCGGCAACCCCCAGCAGCCCGCUCAGAACCUGGUUACCGUGACCUACGGCCCCAAGACUUCCACCCGCAAGAUCUACAAGGGUGUCGCCGGUCAGACCGCCCAGAACGGCUACCGCGCGGAUGUCCGCGAGGAGGCUGUUGCCCGUGUGAGCGCCCUCCGCCGCUCCCAGAAGCCCAAGAAGGACACCCCGCCCCGCAAGGUCCGCGGCGUCCAGGCUCGCAAGGCCGCUGAGAAGGCCUCGGAGUAA